AUGGAGCUGAGGACCGCAUUCUUACCUCAACUCGAAGUCAGGCAACCGCAGCUCACAGGAUUUUUCCCGCGGCGUUUGACGAUGAAGAGAGAGUUAGAAACUCCGGUAGUCGUUGCCGUUUCUAAUAGUAACAGAGAUACAUUUCCCACUUCACAUUGUGGAUGGAAACAUCUGGAAGUCCAUUCCAAUGAUCACCAGAGGGUCCGGCACUUGCCUCUUCCUAAGGUUGAGAGCCCAAAGGGGCCUGAGCUUUCCUUUAUUCGACUCCAACCAACUGACCAAGAGACUGCUGGAUUGUAUAUGCGGAAGUUUGGGCGUUUUGUUGCUCGCGAGGCUUUGUUGGAUGAAGAAAUUUGGACGGCUGCUUACUUAAGAGCUGAAGCUCAUUGGGAGUCUGUAUCCUAUAUGCGGCACGUUGAUAAUUACAAGAUAAAGUAUGCUGAACAGGAGUUCUAUGCUCUGAAGCGGAGAUGUUCUGGCCAGGAUGGAAAUUCGUUGAAGUGCUUCUGUUUUGUUGCCGUUAAAAAGGAGGAGAAAAAUGUCAGAAGGACAGUUAUCAACAGCGUUGUCGGCACUUUGGACCUUAGUGUCCGGCAGUUUGUGCAAGGGGAAACAUAUCCUGGGGAGGUCAACAGAGUGUCACCUGUUCUAGUUCGUCAUGAUCCUUUUGACAGACACAAGUAUGCAUAUAUUUCAAAUGUUUGUGUUGCUAAGUAUGCUCGGCGACAGGGCAUUGCCUCAAAUUUGCUCUAUUUGGCUACUGAAGUGGCUACAACAACAGGUCUAAAGCAAUUGUUUGUUCAUGUAAAUGCCGACAACAAGCCAGCUCAAGAACUCUACGAAAAGACUGGGUUUAAGAUUGUUGAGGCCUCUGCAUCUACUCUUUCUAAAGAUCAAAGGCUGCUGAUGUCCAUUGACCUAUGA